UUACGUGGAUGUAGAUGUCACUCAGGUGCUGCUGCUGCUGCUGGAUGAGGAGAUGAGUCGGUUACUGGGAAUUGUGUGCGUGGAAUUCAUCUUUGAGAACCCACUAGAACAGAAGAGAAUUCUAUGGAAUAGUCACACGGUUGUUAGGGAAAGGUUUUCUGCUUUUUUUUUAUGUGGGAUGCAAAUGUGAGUUUCUGUAGGUUUUCUAACUUUACUAGUCGUAUGAUUGCUUGGGAUUUAUUUACUUUAUGUGUGUACUCUCUGGAAUAUUCAGUGUCUUUUAUUUCCGUAAUAUAUUUAAUAUUUUCGUCAUUUAGUUUCAGUAAAUAAGUUCAUUAAAAAUAUCUGCCAUUCUUCGUAUUCUUAAGAUUAAUCGAACUAAAUUCAGUUCAGGCCAUGAACGCUGUUCCAGAACUUUCUCUCAGCUCUUGAUUCAUAGAAGAUCUGUCACCUGCCUUUGCCUAGAUCUCUCUCUCUAUGACACAGACAUGCACGUUCUUGCCUCAAAUGCAAAACUUUAGGUGCCCGAAACUAAUGUAUAAUAAUGCGGUGGUAAACCAAAGGUUAAGCCUUUCAACAUCCAAAAUGGGGGGGAUUAGGCCGGGAUUAAGGUAUGAAAUAUUUUUGCACAAAUAUUGACAGAGAGAGAGUCAGCAGUGGGAGGGUUUCCUGACCUGCCCAGUGCCCGUGCCACAGGUACCUUGUUUACAGGUAACCCCUGCCUCUGUCCCUGCCCAGAUAUAAGCAUGUGUCCCCUGCCACAGAGUCAUCAGUUGGCCUAGUGCAGCUCAGGCGAGCGGUUACUCCACUUUCACUGUGAACAAACAUCCACUCCAUCUCUGCCAGAACGCAAUGGACCACGACAGAUUUUACAAGCCCACUGUCACCUAUCAUCUGUUCCUGUAUCGUGCGGAGCUGGCACGUCGCAAUGCCCGCCAACUGAGGCUUUCCCGCACAAAGAUCGAGAUCACGGACGAGCUGAUCUCAAAGACAGUGCGCAAUCUGAAGACCUGCAGCAUGGAUGACCUGAAGGCGGUCAAUCGAGAGCUGCUGUUCAAGCGGAAACUGCGGCACAAUGUCUCCAAACUGAACAAAGAGGCCAAGCGGCAGAGACAGCAGCAACAGUCUGAGUUGCAGCAGUAGAAAUAGAAGCCAUCCAAUCGAUUGAUUUAUUGUAUAUAUAGUAUAGCUCCCUCCUCUGUAAAUAAAGAUAUGUUUGAUAAGUUUUUGUUGCUAUUAUUUUUUUUUGCAUUGAAAUUGCCUUGGAAACUUGUUCACUUCACUGACAAACAAAAAAAAAACUGGUAGCUGAUUCAGACCAAAGCUUGUCGUUUGCAUUGGCUAACGGCACACACCACUCCAUGGACAGAGAGGUAGAGACCUCUGAACCGAACCUACCCGGACAGGAGGGACGUUAACCAGUUGGAAAUUUUUAUGAUCUUGUGUUUGGCUUUGGCUUUGUUUUGU